AUGCUCGCCUCAUCGGCGCGGCAGACCUGCCGAGUCCUGACGAGUCAAGCCGUACGAUCAUCCUGGAAUCUCUGCCUUCCAGCUGAAUCCUCACGCCAGGCUUUACUCCGAGCUGUGACUCCAACACACAACCCUGGUUCGUCCUCGUCCACCCGGGAGUCUGUCGGACAACGGAGAAGGGCAUCUGGUAAAGCUUCAGCCGCUAGAAAACGAUUUGCAACAGCUGCGGCGAUAGCUUUGAAUGGUACUUCUGCUACAGAGGAAGAGCCCGAAACACCAAUCAGAUCAUUGACUUGGGGAAGAAGAUCACGCCAUUUGAUAAGGAGUGAGGAUGACCAAAUCUUGCAAUCACCUGAUCGACCCAUACCUAGCAACACGGGCGACGAUGAUUUUCCUUCGUUCAACUCAUCGGAAUGGGACGAAGAUACCACGACUCCAUCACUUCCCGAUCCUAUGCCACCAGAUCUUUCGGUAGAUCAUCCGUUCAGUCAUAUCGAAAUUUUUCGCGCACGUCUUAUCUCCCAACCCCUAGCAUCUUUACUUUAUCUGUGUAAAUUCCCUUCCAGCGAAAUAUCUCAAAUCCGUCCUUUAGAUCUGGUCGACUUGCUCACUCAUCUCAGCUCAAACUUUCUCAACGAUCCAAAAAUGUUAGCUGAGACCUCUUGGGCACAGGUCAGAUUCGCCCUGCAACGAGUUCUCGAAAUGAUAAAGUCAUUCGUCUUAUCUUCAAGCUCAACCGAUCCUGAAGAGCUUGCUCAACUUCAUAUCUGCCUUUUCGACACUUGUAUGACUCUGGGAUCCCAAUCAGUCGCCUUCAAGACGUAUGAACAUGCUGUCAAACUCGUCACAAUGAACUACUCGACGGUACGACUGGACGCCUAUGCUCGGGUUUUGUUGGACCAUGGACGAUGGAGGAUCUCAACGAAGAUUCUGAGUACAUUCUUGACACCAAGAGAGUUCAUCACACCUUUCAUGUUACAGAUCCGGAUGCUUGCACAUCUUGGUUUGUCAGAGCCUCAGAUCGCGCUUCGAGAAUACGACCAACAUGUCAUGUUGAAUCUGGAUCCGACAAAGAUGAGUAUGGUCUAUCGUCUGACGGCUCAUCUUAAAGUUGGGAAUGUGCUAGAAGCGAGGAAAGCGUUAGCUGAGAUGCAAGAGGAUGGCGAAUUGGAUGAUUCGACGAAACAAUUGGCCAUUGUACAUGGGUACAAGAGUUUGGGUCUUGGUGAUAAAAUGGAACGAACCAUCCUGCAAGAUCUCCAAACGGGUGGGCUGAAGCCAGAAGCAGCAUUUCUGAAUGCUCUAGUCAAGAUUCGUCUGGAUUCUCGAGAUAUUGAUGGUGCGCAAGAACUCUUGAAAAGGUUUGACCUCGAUUAUCCCCCUUCACUUGUUUCCACAGAGGGGACGGUGACGCCAUCCGCGGAGACUGUGAGGAUAGCGUUCAGAGUGUAUACCCGGAACGCAGAUGCUGCUCGACUAAAGGAAGUUUGGGAUUGGGUAUCAUCUCGACGUGAAGUAAGAGUGGUAGAUGAUACUCUAAUCUCUUUCUUGAUCACUGGAAUGGGUCGAGCUCACCUCGUUGAUGAAGCGGAGAAAAUGAUGAUGGCUUCUCUCCAUGAGAAUGCUUCUCAAUCAGAUUCACUCACAUGGUAUAUACCUCCAGGGGUUCGACCCGGUAUAAUGAGUUUCAACUCACUUAUCUCCGUCCUCUCCUCUGCAUAUGGUUAUGAAGGUUUUGAACGAAGCACCAAUCUCCUACGACAAUCAGGUAUAAAACCUGAUCAACAUACUCUUGGUCUUUUAAUCAAAUUCGCCAAAGAUUCGCUCAGUCAUCAACCUGCUUCUCUAGCAUCUCUUCUAACUUCUUUACUUGAACGUAAUCCUCAUAUCCGACCUUCACCGUCACAUCUAGAUCUCUUAUUGGCCGACGCUGUCCAACUAGCUGCUCGAACUUUUCAAACUUCUCGUAAACCUCUCAACGCUCCUUAUCCCUUUCGACCAUUUCCAGACCCUAUCAACUCCAACCAACCCCAAGGAGGUCUAGCAACCGUUGAUCCAUUCUCACGUGCAGUCAGACGAAUCACACAUUCUCUUCUCAAUCGAGGUAUAAGAUCAACGUCCGCCACAUUAGCCACAAGACUUCGAUUCGACGCUUUGACAUUAUCCGCUUCCGGAGAAUUCCCUUCCACCCGAACCGUCUGGGCAUCACUUUUAGCCAGAGGAUUCAGACCUGCUCGUCCACAUUUUUUCGCAUUGUUAAGAGGAUAUGCAGAUGCGGGAGCUUUAGAACAAGCUGAAGAUACACUACUUCUCGCUCGUCAAACAGGUAUAAAAAUCGAUGGAUGGUUUUUACUCCCUUUAUUGGAAUCUUAUCGUCGGGAGGGGAAUGUGAGAAAAGUAACAGAACUUUGUCAAUCUAUCAAAAGAUUAGAUCCUUCUAUCAAAUUAUCAUCUUUCGCUGCGGCAGGAAUGAUUCAAGUUUUUCAAGAUUCGGGAAAAUACGAAUCGGCCGCAAAUGUGGCUAAAGAAGAAAUGAUACCUCUAUUGGAUAAAUUAUCAGAAGGGGAAAAGAUGAAUUGUUUGAUACAUGUUUUCAGAGCUUUAGCUGGGGAUGGUGAAUAUGUUAGAGCUAUGGAAGUCGUUUGGGAAUAUGGACAUGAAAAGGGGUUAUCACAUGAUGUUAGAUCUAAAGUCCGACUUUUGAAACAUUAUUUAACAAAACGUUUAUCGUGGGAGAAAGAACGAAGUAAAUCCAUUCCGGUGGAUCAUGGACAAAAGAGCGAUAAAGAUUUGGAUGAAGGAGGGAGGGAAAAAAGGUUGGAAAAGAUGGAAGAAAGUAAAAAAGCUUUGAAGAUGAUAAAAGAUAUUUUGAAGAAAGAUGAUCAGAUAAGACAGAGUGGGAAACCUAGGAAGAAAUCUUUAAAGAGUAAGAAUGUCAGAGAACGGUUGGUCAAACUUUUGAGUAGAGGGGGAGAAGGUACGAAGGCUUGGAAAAAGAGACAGGACAGAAAGGUUUUACAGCGAUAUAGAGCUGCUGACAGACGUCUGGUGAAAGAUAAUGGUGUUGCGUUGGGAGAAGGAGAGAAUAAAGGGGAAACCUCAUUGAACAGUGGAUCAGCGGAUGAAGGGGGUAGGGAUAAAUUGAAGGUGCAAUGA